AUGGAAAAAAUUAAGGAUUUAAAAAUUAAAAUUCUUUUGGAACUUGAUGAAGUAUAUCAAAAUUCGAUAACUUAUAAAAAAUUAAUUGAAGAUGAUUUAAAAAAAUAUUUAGAUUUGAAAAAAAAAAGUAAUAAAAAUAUUAGUAAUCUCAAAUAUUAUAAUAAUAUUCAUAUUCCACCAUUAAAUGAAAUACAAAAAAAAUAUAAUUUAAUUUUAGAAGAAAAUAUUAUAUUAAAAGAAGAAUUAUUAACUUUGGAAAACAAUAUAAUACAUGAGAAAAAAGUAUUAGACAAUAUUUUAAGUGCUUCAUUUAAAUGUGAAAAUCAAAAAUUUUCAUAUAAUAAAAAAGUAUACAAAGAAGAUUUUAAUAAAUUUGAGCGUCAUAAAGAAUAUAUUAAAAAAGAAAUAGAAAAUGGCAAAAUAAAUCUUGAUAAAAUAUGUUUGAAAAGAAAGCUAACAGAUGAGGUUAUUAAUAGAAUGGUAGAUGAUAUUAAAAAUGCUAUUAGAAUAGUUUAUCUUGUUAGUUCAAACAUGAAAAUUGCUCAAAAAAGUAGUAAUAAAAUUUUUCAAUUUUCUAAAACAAAUGCAUUAGAAAAAAAAAUUUUAUUAUUUGAAAAUUUAUCAUAUGAAGAAGAAAAUGAUAAUUGGUUAUUAUUUACUGAAAGGUAUAUUAAAUAUACUUUUGUUGAUUAUACGGAUAAUAAAAAUUUUCAAUCAUUUUAUCAAAUGAAAAUUAAUGAAAUGUAUAAAAAGAAAGACAUUUAUUUAUUAAUUUUAAAAAUGAUUGAGGAAGUAUUAACUAAGGAUAAAAAAAAACUUAUAGAUUUAAAAGAAAAUAUAAAGAAAUAUGACAAACUUUUUGAAGAAGAAAAUAAUAAAUUAAAAUUAUCAAUUGUUCCGGAUGUUUUUUCAAAUAACUAUAUUUAUGACAAAUUUGUAAUUCAAAAUGUGGAGGAAGAAUUAUAUAUUGCUAGUAACAAACUUAAAAUUCAAAAAGAAUGGAUAAAAGGGUGUAAAAGUUUUAUUUGUGAAAUAUCAUUAUCAUUAAUAAAAAGUAAAAACAUAAUUUAUAACAAUGAAAAUAUAACAUUUUCAAAUAAAUUAAAUAAUGAUUCACUGGAAAAAAGUUAUGUAAAACAAGUAUAUAGCUGUUAUAAUCAAAUAAAAAAACUAAAAAAAGAAAUAAGAAUAAUCAGAAGAAGUAUUUUAGCUAAAAAAAAUGAAAUAUUUUUAUUGAAUGAAAAAUUAGAAGAAUUAGAAAUUAUUGUAAAAGAAUUAGAAAAAAAAGAAAAAACAUAUGAUAAGUCAUUUUUUACUCUUUCUACAAUACCAGACUUAGAAAAUAAAAUUUUUAAAGAAAAUAAUAUAGAAAAAAUAAAUAAUAAUAAAGAGUUGGAAAAUUUAAGAAUGUUAUAUGAAAAUAAUAAGAAUUAUACAAAUCAAACAAAAAUAAAAAUAGAAGAUUUAAAAAAUGACAUUAAUAAAAUUGAUAAUCUUAUUAAAGAAGAAAAAACUUUGUAUUUAAAAAAUAGUACACAAUUUCAGCAAAUAGAAAAAAAAUUAAUUAUUCAAAAACAACAACAACCAUUUUCAAUAAUUAUAAAUUAUUACAAUAACUUAAAACAGGAAAAGAGUCUUUUACUAAAAAAUAUAUCAUGUUUAGAAAAGGAUUUAUUAAAAGUCAGUGAAGUACGUAUGAAUAUUAUUAAAAAGACAAUAAAUUGA